AUGGAGAAAAUAACAGAUUGCAGCAAAGAAUUAUUUGAGCAUUUAGAAAUUGUGGAUAUUAUUGACAAUAGUACAACUACAUGGGACACUAUUUUGUGCUGGCCCGCAGCUCGUGCCGGCUCAACAAUUAGACUUCCCUGCCCCCCUCUGCCGGGUCUUGAUCCAGAAAAGUUCGGAUACAAGACAUGUGGACCAGAGGGAUUGUGGGAAGGGAAAUAUCCUGGGGACUACAGUAUGCCAAGAGGAUACACAAAUUACACUGACUGUUAUACCCCGGAAACAUUGGAUCUAUACAAACGUUUUUACUCAUCUAAAACAGCUGCUCAAAAACAGAUGAUGAAAGACGUAAUUAAUGGCACAAGAACAAUGGAUGUUGUUGGUCUGUGGUUAUCUCUUGUCUCAUCAUUGCUCUCUCUAUUUAUCUUUAGUUAUUUCAGAAGUCUUCGUUGCCAUCGAACACGCAUACAUCGAAACUUAUUUCUUGCCAUCAUCGUUCAAGUGUUUAUACGUCUGAUUGUCUACGUGGAUCAGUUUGUGGCUAGGGUACAGGGUGGUGAAAUUGCUGGUACUGCGAGUGGAAUGAGUGGUGCUAUUUAUGAUACACCUGUUCUUUGUGAAGUCCUGAUCGCAUUGCUGGAGUAUACAAAGACGGUACAGUUUAUGUGGAUGCUGAUUGAGGGCAUGUACUUACAUAACCAGAUUGCAGUAUCUGUCUUCUCAAAGAACCCUAACUAUAUGAUAUUUUAUGCAAUGGGAUGGGGUUCCCCUCUUCCAGUAACGAUCGUCUGGUGUAUUGUUAUGGAAUUGUCUUUCAAAUCAAAAUGCUGGUUUCCAUAUUAUUACUCGGAUUAUAUUUGGAUCAUUGAAGUUCCGCGUAUCGGAGUAAUUUUUGUGAAUUUGUUGUUUUUGUUGAAUAUAUUACGUGUGUUGGUGUUGAAAUUACAAGACAGCCGUCAUGCGAACGAGGCUCAAUAUGUUAAAGUCAGGAAAGCGAUCAAGGCAGCCUUAUUUCUGUUACCAUUGCUUGGCAUUACAAACUUUGUCGUUAUGAUUGAGAGUCCAACUGAUGCUAUAGCGUUUGCAAUUUGGUCGUACUUGUCACAUUUUCUAGUGUCUUUUCAAGGAUUUCUGAUAUCUCUCUUAUACUGCUUCCUGAAUGGAGAGGUACAACAUACUUUGAGAAAGAGGUGGGGACGGUGUCGCCAGCGACGCAUGGUCCAUAAUUCCAGUUUCCGGCGCUUCAGCCGGUCCUUUUCUGUGUUUACGUCUGUUACAGAGGUACCUCAUUCCAACAAUCAGGUACGAGGACAGGCAUCUGGUCAGUAUAACUGUAAUGCUGCACCUUUAUUGAGAAAUAUAAUUUCCCGACAAGGUCAAGAAUCUGGAGUGUAACCAUGACAUGUUGAGAAAAUCGUAUUCUAUACGAUUUAAAAGGAUCAUAAACGUAUGUUAAUGAACAUAUUAAGGACGAUGAACAUUUCAUACUGAUAUAUAAUGAUAAAUGGUAAUACAUUUCAAAUCCAUGUGUUUUUAUUUCCAUAUCUUGUUUUCAUUUAUUGCUGAUUUUUACAUUCAUUUUCCUUUCAUUUUAAUGUAUGUAUUUUUCUGUGGAAGUUCUAUUUCUAUUUCCAGACGACAUGCAUUUUAAUUGUUUGACAUUCGCGUAGCUGGCAAGAUAUCAUUUUGAUGUCAUGAUUAUAAUAAGUCAAAGAUUACACAUUAUGAGGUAAUGGUAUUUAAUGGUGUUUUUUGUCUUUUUUUUUUCAUUUGAUUCAUUUGAACAACUUUUCUCUCAUUCUCUAACAGAUGGUAAAGUUUUAGUGUUGUAUAAAUCUACAUUCAUGACGUCAAAGAA